UUCAGAAUUCUAGAUUUUCUAGUCUUUUAAAGUUAGUUUGGCCUUGGGGUGAAGUUUGAAGAAUGAAGGAUUUCUCAGAAUUUCUGGUUCAGAGAGUCAGAGAGAGUGGGAUGGUGUAACAACGUGAUAUCCAAGAACUAGAGUUUACUUGAUUGACAUAUCUAAAACACUAGAUCUAGUAACAUAUCCAAAGUCCUAUUGAGCUGCAUUGUGUGACUGACUGUACUGUAAUCAUAGUCUUUACUGUAAAUCAACAAUUAAAUGGCGUUAACAAGCUAUAGAAGAGAAAUUCUGUUGUUACAGCUGUACAGGAAGUAUAUCAGGUUAUUUAGGCAGACCUGCUGUCAGAGAAAAUGUUCAAGUAUGCCUGUGUGUUCCAAGCAGUUCAAUGGCAGUAUAAAUUCUUUGGCCAAAACAAAUCACAUAUUUAAACCACAUGUGUUGCAUACAUCAAAUUUUAUAAGCAUGCAUAUAAUGAAAGUCAAUACUCAUACCAGAAAUGCCAAUGAAAACAUGCAUACAACUUUACAAGGCAAACCGUCCGUUUAUUUAGAAUAUGUACAAUCUCUUACAAAAGUUUCAUCUUCAUAUAUUUUUGAUCCAGUGAUUGCAGAAAAGAUCGUAACCCUUGUUUUAAAGAAUCGUGCUAAUCCCAAAUCCCCUAUAUUAGAAAUAGAAGCUGGUUCAGGUGUGAUGAGCAGAGAAUUCCUCAAGCAAGGUGUUUCUAGAGUUGUUGCUCUCGAAACAAAAAGUAUAUUUGCAAAUGCUUUAUCUGAAAUACAAGAAGAGAUGGAAAGAUCAAGGUUUUUUCAUGUUAAAUGGCACAUGCUGAAUUAUUUAUUUAAAUUAGAUGUCACUAAAAAUUGUAGUGCCACUGCCAAUUAUGAAAAAAUGGAAUCUGAAGUAUUUAAACUAUUACAAUUAGAUACACAGUUACAUGAAAAUGAUGUUCCGUACAGUAUAUUUUUAACGGGUGGCAAGGAUGAUAAUGUGAAAUUUAUGUACUAUAUUUUUAUGAACUUUCCUCACCAAGAUGUCAUUCUAUCAAAUGGGAGAGUUGAAUUUUUUUUCUUUUGUCAUCCAAAAAUUAAAAAGAGGAUAACAUACUUAAAGAAUCUACCGAGUAGAAAAGAGACACAUCAAACGCCCAACAGUAAAGAACGAGUCUACACAUCCAUCUUCUCAUAUGUGGAUGUUUUUCUUUUCCUUUUAUAUGACAUAACAUUUAUUGAAGAGUUUGAUAACACUUCCUUUGUUCCAUCAUUUCGCACCUACAAAAAUGCAAGGGAUAAAACAAUAGACACAAGCAAGAGAAUUCUUGUAAAACUGCAGGCUAAAAAAGAUAUUGCAGACAUUUUACCAUUGGAACACCAUCUACCAUUCAUGAAUUUUAUGAGGCAGCUGUUCAGGAAAAAGAGGGCACGCACAAUCCCAAUCAUGGAGAUGUUGCUCCCUGGGUGUGGUCUAAGGAUGCUAGAUCUUGGUUUUACUAUGAUGGACCUAAUCCUAACUUCACAGCCAAGAGAGUUUCUAUCUCUAUACAAGCAUAUGAUUGAGUGGCCUGAGUAUAAAACAUCUCCCCUCCGAAGUCACAUCAUGAUGAAAACAACCGGAACUAAUGAUGAUUUGACAGAUACUGAAUAAAUACUAAUGUU